UUUUUAAAUGUUGGUUGCAACCUAUUAAAUUGAUUCCGUGACACACUAGUUCAUAACCCUCAGUUUGAACAACUCUGACCUAGAAGGCUGCCAAGUCUUGGGAAAAUAGGAAGGAGACAAAUAAUUAAGUUUGGGACAUGCAUAGUCUAAGGCCUUGGUUCUCAACGUUGGUAGUGCAAGAUCACGUGAGGUACGACUGAACAGAGAUCUCCACAAUUGCGGAGUUGUGCGUGUGCAUGUAUGCACAGACAUCUACAUGGAAAUGGCUGCACAGCAGCUAUAGGGCGUACAAGGGUAUGUAUACUUACAGAGUUAACAACCCCUACGUCAGGGGUUACAUGACAGCCUGGGAAGACGCCCAGGAGGUAGGGACAGGGAGCAAGCGAGCGUGUGGCACCUUGAGGGUGCUCGGCGCGUCUCCAUAAAGCCAACGAGCCCCUCCUCGUCGCUGGCCUCUCCAGGCCCUUGCUGUCUAAUGGUGGAAGCCACAUGACCAGGUGAGAGUGGCCAGCAUAACCGGGCAGCCCCGCGGCUUCCCCUCGGCCGCGCCAGGACGCUCGGCACGCGGCGACUACGGCCCCACAGUGCCCCGCGCGCGCAAGCGCAGGCGGCGGCUCCCAGCCUGCAGCUCGCUGGCUGCUGACCCGGCAGCGGGCCGCCUCAGGCAGCCCCAGCCGGGCCGCCAGGGUUCCGGGCAGCGGGGUAGGAUGGCGCUAAAGCGGAUCCAGAAGGAAUUAACCGACUUGCAGAGGGAUCCUCCUGCCCAGUGUUCUGCGGGACCUGUAGGUGAUGACUUAUUCCACUGGCAGGCCACCAUCAUGGGCCCGAAUGACAGUCCUUACCAAGGAGGUGUUUUCUUCCUGACCAUCCACUUUCCUACAGAUUACCCAUUCAAGCCCCCAAAGGUCGCUUUCACAACCAAAAUUUAUCACCCUAAUAUCAACAGCAAUGGCAGCAUCUGCCUUGAUAUCCUGCGGUCUCAGUGGUCUCCAGCAUUGACUGUGUCAAAAGUUCUCUUGUCCAUCUGCUCACUGCUCUGCGACCCCAACCCCGAUGACCCUCUGGUACCAGAGAUAGCUCACACCUACAAGGCCGACAGAGAAAAGUACAACAGACUAGCAAGAGAGUGGACACAAAAAUAUGCUAUGUAAGUGCCUCGGAGAUUUUACAGGAGACAUUGUCCAAGAGAAGCUAGCAGAGAGGUCUUCCCUUAAAACUUUGGGCUGUUGGCUGAGCCAUUCAAAGAGUGUCAUCUGUUCUUCAAAAAAAUUUGGUCUCCACUCUCUCCAGCUGCAGCAUGUUGGUGCCAUUCUCAGCGGUUAUGGCUUUGACAGUGCCACCUCUUUGCUGCCAAAUCAGCAGCCAUUGUUGUUAUGAUCUGCAGCCUUCCUGGUUACACUGGAAUCUCUCUCUGCCACCCCAGUUUAUCUGCUGGUCUCUUGGGGGGCCAGACCCUGCACGUCUCUCCUACCUGGCCUCAAAUGGUGCUGCUGCCCAUGAUGGUACCAUACCAGGGCCUCAGCCUGGUCCUUUACCACAUACCCUUUGCCUUUUAGAACUCAGUGCCAUCCUGGGUGCCCAAGGCAGAGCAGGCUUUCCUCACACCCGUCUGCUGCAGAACCUGAGGAGUCUCUGCCCAUCCUGGAGGGAAUUGGGAACAGCAUUACUGGGAAGUGAAGGCCUAGCCCUGAGGCUUCCACCAGUCUCCUCCUGCAGUGCCACGUGCUGGCAUUUCUUCCCUCACACCAAGAAGCAGCAAGUGGAAAAUUUCAGGAUACAAAGCACAUAACAUCCCAUAAGAGAUGACUAUGUUUUUAGAAGCAAGAGCAAAAUUAUGAAACCUCUAGAGAUUUGGGUUAUGUUACUCCAUUUGAUGAGGAUUCUCACUACCCCCUGCUCCUCCCACUAGGAGCCUACACUAAGUCCAAGUGUGAGCCAUUCACAGACUAGAACACAAGGAGGGAGAGAGACUCUUAAAUGUAAAUAAAAAUUCACUCAUAAUUCUAAAUGAUAA